AGACAGCGUAACGGCGACCAGCGUCUCUCUCUCUUCCCCCCGUUGGAUCAUGAUUUGAUGAUUUGUCUGUUUGUUCGGUUUCUCUCUCUCUCUCUCUCUCUCUCCUGCCUGCCAGUGCCGGGACCUUAGCGAAGCCGAACUCAUCGGAGACGUAAUUGUAGGAGGCGGGGCCAGUCCUGUUCUUUACACAACGUGCGCGCUCUGAAUUGCACCGGAAUCUCGGCGGACAGCGUCGUGGCUCGCCGGAAACUGCCAUGAAUUCCGGCACGAGCCUCUGAGUCCGCCGCUGAGGCCAGACAAGCCAGACCGAGAGACAACCGGGUUCUUCCUCUGAGAAGAUAAAUUUUUACAAGGAUAUUAAUAAUGAGACAUCCAUGAGGUUAACGUGUAAUGUAGGGAAAGGAGGAAGAGAGACAAGGCAUCAAAGGGGGCUUUGGAGCUUCUUGCACGCCACAGAUGCCUAGAUCCCUGAUUCAAUCUUUCUUGCCUUUCGCCGCAAUCCAUUCUUCUUUUUUUCGGUCUUGCCCCUUCCCCUAACUUUGUUUAAAUUCUUCCCAUCACAUGCUCUCUCUUUCCCUUUAUCUCCCACUUCCGUUUCCGCCUUUUGUCCUGAUUUCACUGGAUAUAGCGUUCAUCAUCUUCAUCACAAUUCGAUAAAGGAAGGCUGGAAAUUUCAACUGCUUGUAGAAUUAUUGUGUGGGUUUUGUAGUGGAGAAAGCCGGUGAGGGAACAGAUUUCAGUUUCCUUCUGCUUCUUUGCUUCUUGUUCACCAUGCCAUCUGAAAUGAUGGAUCGGAAAGGUUCUCCAGCAUCAUCUUUCUUUUCUGAGGAGAGACAGUUUGGGUUUUGGAAGACAGAAACCAUUCCUGGUCACUAUGGUGUGAAAAUGGAUGGAAGAAUAGGAACAGCAGACAGAAAUUCAGUUGCUUCAUCGCCCCUAGGGAAACCGAUGUCAGUGGAAUCUCAGAUGGUGAAGUCUUUUAAACUUCCUGAUCCUUACUUAAUCCAAGACCAAAAAGUUAAUCUUAGCUUAGAGAAGGAUGCAGUAGUAUCGGAGCAAGGAGGUAGCCAUUCCUUGUGGAGACCCAUUAACAUUGAUCAAGGAACAAAAUCUAAUUUGAAAAUUGAGCCAACAUCAUAUUCUGUGGGAAGUGAAAAAACCCACAUUAUGGGCUCUCUGUAUGAGAAUGGUCUCUUCUCAAGCUCAUUGUCAGAAAUAUUCAGCGGAAAAUUGAGAUUAACUUCAAAUAGUGCUCUUCAUGGCCAUUCUGUUGGUGCUGCUACGUCUCACUAUGAGGAAGAGGAACCUUUUGAAUCCCUUGAGGAAAUUGAAGCACAAACUAUUGGAAAUCUCCUCCCUAAUGAUGAUGACUUACUUUCAGGGGUGACUGAUGGGCUUGACUAUGUGCCCCAAUCCAAUGCUGCAGAUGAUACUGAAGAUUUAGACCUUUUUAGCAGUGUUGGAGGAUUGGACUUGGGGGAAGAUAGCUUCCCUCCAGGACUAGGAGAUACUAAAGUUUCUGGAGGACAUCCUUAUUGUCAUUCUGGAGGAUCUAUUAGUUUGAUUUAUGGGGAACAUCCUCAUGGGGAACAACCAUCUCGAACUCUAUUCAUAAGAAACAUAAACAGCAAUGUUGAGGACUCUGAGCUACGGUCUCUUUUUGAACCAUUUGGGGAUAUUCGCACUCUUUAUACAGCAACCAAGCACAGAGGCUUCGUUAUGAUAUCAUAUUAUGAUAUAAGAGCAGCCAAGAAUGCAAUGAGGACCCUUCAGAACAAACCACUGAGAUGUAGGAAGCUUGACAUACAUUUUUCUAUCCCAAAGGAAAAUUCUUCAGAGAAAGAUGUUAACCAAGGCACUCUCAGGGUUUAUAACCUCGAUUCUUCUGUUUCAACUGAGGAACUUCAUCAAAUUUUUGGUGUCUAUGGUGAAAUUAAGGAGAUUCAUGAAGCUCCACACAGAGGUCAUCACAAAUCAAUAGAAUUUUAUGAUGUUAGGGCUGCAGAGGCUGCUCUUCAUGCAUUGAACAGAACUAAUAUCGCAGGGAGGCAGAUAACAGUUGAACCAGGCUAUUCUGGGGAUGCUAGAUGGUGCAAUGUGAUGCCAUUCCCUCCAGAUAUUGAGCAAGAUGAAUCUGGUUUGCAGCUACAACAAAGUCCUAGUAACUCACGAACAGGAUUUGAUGGACCAAUCUCACAUGGAGGAAUCACAUCUUCUGGGAUGGAUAAUGGAAUGCAAGGAGUAUGCCCUGCAAUUGAAACCACUGUUAGGCCAUACACGGAGAACAUGUUCCAUUAUGGGAUCUCCUCUAGUGGUACGAACAGUUGUCAGUCUAGUCUCCCAGAGUCUGGCCUCUUGAAGGGCCAACUGAAUAUUGAAUAUCAGAGGAUACCCAACAUUCAUCCUCAUUCACUUCCAGAGUAUCACGAUGGUUUAACCAAAGGUCCUCCCUGCAACUCUCCCAGAAUGGCUGCAAAUAUUAGCUCCAGGCCAUCUGAAAGAAUCGAGAACCGCCUGUUUGGCAGAGCCAGCUCUCCACUUGAACUGAAUGAUGCCGUUUUUGGUUCCUCUGGAAAUGGGAGCUGUCCUCCUGGAUGUCAAUACAUGUGGAGUAGUUCAUGUCACCCUAUGCCUCAAGGCAUGAAGUGGCCAAACUCACCAACUUAUGUUAACGGGCUUUCUACUGCUCACACCACGCCAAGAUUGCAUGCACUUACAAGAUCUCCAUCUCAUAUGUUGAACACAAUUCUUCCCAUAAAUAACCACCACCUAGGAUCAGCUCCCUCCUUGAAUCCUUCUCUCUGGGACCGACAGCAAACCUAUGCCGGAGAAUCCCUUGAUGCUUCUGGCUUUCAUCCAGGUUCGCUAGGAAAAAUGAGAAUUUCUGGUAAUUCACCACAUCAUUUAGAAUUUGUUCCCCAAAACAUAUUUCCUCAUGUCGGAGGAAAUUGCAUGGACAUGCCCAUUGCCUCCAAAAAUGUUCUGCUGCAUCCCCAUCAUCAAAGGUGCCUGAUGUUUCCUGGAAGAGGCCCAAUGGUUCCUAUGAUGAGUUCAUUUGAUCUUCCGAAUGAACGGGCUAGAAGCCGUAGAAAUGAAAGCAGUUCCAACCAAGGUGACAACAAGAAACAGUUUGAACUUGAUAUUGACCGCAUAAUGCGAGGGGAAGACAAGCGGACAACACUUAUGAUCAAGAACAUUCCUAACAAAUAUACAUCAAAGAUGCUUUUGGCUGCAAUUGAUGAACGCCACCGAGGAACUUAUGAUUUCAUUUAUCUGCCCAUUGAUUUUAAGAACAAAUGCAAUGUGGGUUAUGCAUUCAUCAAUAUGACUGACCCUUCCUUGAUUAUCCCAUUCUAUCAGGCAUUUAAUGGAAAGAAAUGGGAGAAGUUUAACAGUGAAAAAGUGGCAUCACUUGCUUAUGCUCGCAUACAGGGAAAAGCUGCUUUGAUUGCCCAUUUCCAAAACUCAAGCUUGAUGAAUGAGGAUAAGCGAUGCCGACCUAUCCUCUUCAACACUGAUGGUCCCAAUGCAGGUGAUCAGGUGCCGUUCCCCAUGGGAGUAAAUGUUCGAUCAAAAUCCAGCAAAACUCGAGGGAUGACCAGUGAUGAAAACAAUGAAGAAAGUGCAUCAAACUUGCCCAAGGGACAGGAAUCUUCUGGUGGGGAGUCACCAUCAGGGUCUGCCAAGGAUUGAGGCUGUCUGGGCCAGCAGCUUACCUUCAAUAUUUGAAACCAAGAGAAGCGUUAAAAUCUGAAUCCAUCCCAGAUCUUGGUAGCAUAUUCAGAAUGGUCCGUGGAAGUAGGAAAAAAAAAAUAAAAAAAGAAACGAAUUUUGAUUUGUGCUUCCGGAAAACCGCCUACCAAUUAGAGAAGAGAAGAAUAACGCUUGAAGAGAGGUACCUGACUUGCCUGUUUUGGAGUGUUAUGGAGAGCAGCGAAGCAGAUUGAAAACGACUGGAGCUUCGAAGUUUUGGCUGGUUUUGUGAGUUUCAAUUUCAGUAUAUAUAAAACCAUAUACCUAAGUAUAGGAGUUAUCUCAUCAAAGAGAAUUUUUUGUUUCCUACUCUUUGAAGAAGCAUCUACAGUCUCCACUGCUACUACUACCCACUUUUUUAACUAAUUAGUCCGGCAUAUACAUAUAUAUGUAUGUAUGUAUGCAUGUAUGUGACUUUUGGUUCGUGUCUUAGGACUGGAACUCAGAUUGUGCAUAAGUUUUUGAAGUGAUGAAUGAUUGAUGAUGAUUCCAUUAA